CCCAAUUCACUCUAAAGCCUCUCCCCCCCCCCGCUUUUCUCCUGCCCAGAUCCAAGGAGAGAAACAGCUGCGCCUCACUCCCAAAGCGGUGGAGUACAGGGGGGUCUUUGGCACCAUGGCCACGAUGGUGAGGAACGAGGGGCCCAAGAGCCUCUACAGCGGCCUGGUGGCCGGCCUCCAGCGCCAGAUGAGCUUCGCCUCGGUCCGCAUCGGGCUCUACGACUCGGUGAAGCACUUCUACACCAAAGGUUCAGAGCAUGCUGGCGUGGGCAGCCGGAUUCUCGCUGGUUGCACCACGGGAGCGAUGGCGGUGAUGGUGGCCCAGCCCACGGAUGUGGUCAAAGUGAGGUUCCAGGCCCAGGUCCGAACGGAAGCUGGCAGGCGGUACCAGGGGACCUUGGAUGCGUACAAGACCAUUGCCAAGGAGGAGGGGCUCAGGGGCCUGUGGAAAGGGACAUUACCCAAUGUAUCCCGAAACGCCAUCGUGAAUUGCGCUGAACUGGUGACCUACGAUCUCAUCAAGGAUACCCUUCUGAAAUACCAUCUCAUGACAGAUAACAUCCCCUGCCAUUUUCUGUCCGCCUUUGGGGCUGGCUUCUGCACCACCGUGAUCGCCUCCCCGGUCGAUGUCGUGAAAACCAGGUACAUGAAUUCUGCCCCCGGCCAGUACGGAAGCGCCCUGCGGUGCGCCCUGAGGAUGCUUCGCGCGGAGGGACCCCUGGCCUUCUACAAAGGGUAA